AUGAAGAAGACGAUGAAGAGGACGAUGAAGAGGACUCUCCUCCUGGCGCUGGCGCUCUCAGGGCUGACGGCGCCGUCCUCCGGCCUCAUAAGGGAGUACCACCACGUCCAGCUGAGGAAGAGCUGGAGCGACGCGCAGAGCUACUGCAGAGAGGCGUUCACUGACCUCGCGGCCGUGGAAGAUCAGAGCGACAGCGACCGGCUGCUGAGCGUGCUGCGGGGCCCCGGGGCCCAGGCGUGGAUCGGUCUCCAUGACAACAAGACGGGGUGGAGGUGGGCGCUGGGGGAGGAAGACUUCCUCGACGACUACACCAACUGGUCACCGGGUCAGCCGAACCACAAGAACUACAACCAGAGCUGCCUGACGAUGACGUCAUCGGGGCAGUGGCUGGACCGAGAGUGUCGCAUCACUCUUCCUGCCAUCUGCUAUUAUGAUAAAGGUCCUGCUCAGUUCAUUUUGGUGGAAGCCCAGAUGACUUGGCACGAGGCCAGAGCGUACUGCCGGUCGCGCUACACCGACCUGGCCAGCGUGAGGAGCCGGUCCGAGAACACCCGGAUCUCCUCUCUGGUGACCGUUUACACCUGGGUCGGCCUCCACAGAACGACCUGGGCCUACUGGUCGGACCGGACCCCCAACACCUUCUCCAACUGGAACCAGGGCCAGCCCAACAUCCGCGGCACUGCGGUGGAUUCCUGCGCCGCCGUCGGCACCGGCACCGGGCUGUGGUGGGACGUCGACUGCCGCGCCGAAAACACCUUCGUCUGCCAGAAGGUUUAUUCACGCCAGCGGCAAACCUUCAGGCUGAGGCUCCGGUCCAAGGCCGACCUGAAGGACCCGGCCGUGCAGCAGCAGAUCCUGGAUCAGCUGCACCAGAAACUGGAGCAACACGGGCUGGAUGACUUCAAACUGCGCUGGAUGCGGACGCUCCACAGGGAACAGGAGGAGGAGGAAGAGGGUACAGUAUGUUUCUACAGGGGAGGUCAUCUUCUGUGGGUCGGUUCCUUCAAUCGCACAUUUGAAGCAUUAGUCGGACAUUUAGGGGAAUAAGAUGAUUUGCGGUAAAGAUAUAAGAGCGAUAUUGAUCUUAUCUCAAUUUUCGCAUUUAUGUCAAUAUUAGUUUAAACUAAAAUGUCAAAACUGUCCUUUAAUCCUCCUGUUACCUUCACAUUUACUAACAUCUUUUACCCCUAUUUGACCCCAUUAAAACCUAGAG